AAUUCUGUGUUCUCUCCCAGCCCUGUUCUCCCCAGCUGCCCUCCAAGAUUGUGUCCUUUAUCCUUUGGCGAAGGAGUUGAGUUUGACCCUUUACCACCAAAGCAAAUAAGGUACACAUCCUCGGUUAGAUAUGACUCAGAGAAGCACUUCAUCGAUGACAUCUAUAUGCCAGUGGGUUUAAGCGUUUCUUCCUGCAGUCAGACGGUCAUCUGUGUCCCCAACUGCACGUGGCGCAAUUACAAAGUGGAGAUCCACUUCGAGCCCCGCAACAAGCCCCAGCGUUUCACCAGCACCACCAUCGUCUACCCGAAGCACGCCAAGACUGUCUACACCACCACGCUGGAUUACAACUGUCGUAAGACCGUGCGGCGGUUCCUCUCCAGCGUAGAGCUGGAAACUUCGGAGUAUCUUGGGAAUGACUGUGUCCUGGAUGGUUGCUGA